GCGCGGGGACGGCGCCGGCUCCGAGCCCCCGGGAGCAGCGCCGGGAGCUCGCAGCUGCGAAGUGCAGGCGCGGCGGUUUGAGGCAGGGAGGAGAGCGCUGCGGCAGCCGCGCGGCAUGGGCUGGGGCCGCGGGGGCCCGGCGAGGAGCGUCCCCUCGGCCAUGAGCGGGUCCGAGGGUUACAGCGGGAGUCAGGCCGGCGGCGGGCCGGAUGACAUCACCCGCAAAGCAUCCGCCGCGCUGGACGUGCAGGGGAAUUAUAAAAAGGCUCAGAAGAAUGAGAGAGAGUCCAUCAGGCAGAAGCUGGCCCUCGGAAGUUUCUUUGAUGAUGGCCCGGGCCUGUAUACCAGCUGCAGCAAAAGCGGCAAGCCCAGCCUCUCUUCUCGGUUACAAAGUGGGAUGAACCUGCAGAUCUGUUUUGUGAACGACAGUGGCAGCGACAAAGACAGCGAUGCUGACGACAGCAAGACAGAAACGAGCCUGGAUACGCCCUUGUCCCCAAUGAGCAAGCAGAGUUCUUCCUACUCGGACCGAGACACUACUGAAGAAGAGUCUGAAUCCCUAGAUGACAUGGAUUUUCUCACUAGGCAAAAGAAACUACAAGCUGAAGCCAAAAUGGCCUUGGCUAUGGCAAAGCCUAUGGCCAAAAUGCAAGUGGAGGUGGAAAAGCAGAACCGGAAGAAAUCUCCAGUAGCUGAUCUUCUGCCACAUAUGCCUCAUAUAAGUGAAUGCCUGAUGAAAAGAAGUUUAAAACCCACUGAUCUACGAGAUAUGACUAUUGGGCAGCUACAAGUGAUAGUCAAUGAUCUCCACUCACAAAUAGAAAGCUUGAAUGAAGAAUUGGUGCAGCUGCUGCUCAUUCGAGAUGAACUGCACACAGAGCAGGAUGCGAUGCUGGUGGACAUCGAAGACCUGACCAGACAUGCUGAAAGUCAGCAGAAGCACAUGGCAGAGAAAAUGCCAGCAAAAUGAAACAAAAAGCCAUCAGACUAGAGAUCAAGCUAGACUUUAUUUUGCUUCUGUGUUUGUACAAAUGCUGAUGUCCAAGGUGGCGCACAAGAAAAUCAGUGUUAGUCAUUGAUCAUGUCUGAAGCUUUAUGUCCAGUGAUUGGCCUCUGCUUCUUAAUUUAUUUUAAUUUUUUUUUUUACUUCUGCCACUAAAUAUGAGGCAUUUUAAUAAUAUUAUUACAAAAAUGUACAGUACUUAUAACAUUAAAAAUCAUGGAUAAGAAGAGAGGGUAGUUUAACUUUAUUUUUGUUUGUUUAGAGGUUUUAAGUUGGACGAUAUUUUACCAUUGACUACUUUUUUAUUCUUCACUGUAGUUUUAAAUAAAGAAACUGUAAUUGACGGUGCUAUACAAGUCAAAAAAUACAUGCCUGCCUCGUAGUGAAGUCGUAGCUUUCAGUAAUAUGUAUAUUUUAAUCAGUUUUCAACAUUUUGUGAAUGUUGACUACCUGACGUUCAUUUUUAGAUGUGCUAUUAACAUUCAGUUGGAUUCAAAGAGUUACCUUGAAAGUUUUAUGUAUAAAUAUGUAAAAUAAAAAUUUAAAAAAUUGUUUCAUAUGAUACGUCUUUUUGUUGACUAGUGGUUGACUUUGGUGAUGCACCAGUAAAGUAUUCAUAUACUAAAUGUACAAUUCCUAAUUUGUCAUCACCAGAAAGAGCCUUUUUUGCCUAUCACAUGAAACUAUGGAGAGAAGACAGGAUUUUUGUAGAGUUAUUUAUUUGUAAGUUCAUAAUGUAUGUAUGACAUUGACUUAAGAUAUUCUUAUAUUGUAACAUUCACUGGGGCCCUAAUAGUGUGACUAUUGUUAGACUCAGCAGGCACAUACAGUAGAUGUUUUUAUAUUUUAUUGUCUGGGCUAAAUAUUUAAAUGACUCACCAAUGUCAGAAAUAAAAAUGAUGUUGAAAUCUAAGCAGCAUAUUAAAUGUAUUAUAUAUGGUAAUUACUCACCUCUCUGCCUUGCGGCUGGGCUCGUGUUCAGGAUCUGUCCUCGCCGGGUCAGUGCUCCGUGCGUCCUCCUCUGGUUACCGCGGCCGGCAGCGGCAGGAGGACUGACGCUGCGGGAACUCACAGGUCUCUUUUCGCCUUUAGUUUGUUUGAUGUGAUGCCGAUACCAUGUUGGGCUCCCUGUUCCUCGUACCGACUGGCCAUAGCCAGAAGUGGAAAUACAUGUCAUGAAAGCUAGCUAUCUUUUACUUGUUAAUUCUUUUCUGUGACAAAUUUAUCUUUGCAAUGUGUAUGGCUAAUGACUUAUUCAGGGUGUUUUCAGAAAAGCAUGUGAUGUAUCAAAAUUUCAUCUCACACAAAGAAUGUAUUUUAUAAAAUGAGUUAUUCUUUUUCUUUUUUCCUUGCUUCUCAAAAAUUGCACAGUCCAGAUUAAGCAGGCCCUAAAACUGUGCUAGAGUCCCACCACGCUGGGGAGUUUUUGUGCUGAUGGCGGUUUUUUGUUUGUAAUAGAAAUCCUGCUGCACAGCCUGUGUUUUGGGUUUACUCUGGGGGCUUCCCCCCCCCCUUUUUAAGAAGGUUGUGGCUGGAGGCGUGCAGAGUCUCUGCGGGGGGGGGGGGGGGGGGGGGUGGCACUGCUCCCUGUCCGUGACUUGCGAAAAAGCAGCAUCUGCAGAACAGCAGGUUUCGGCGGGGAAAGUCUCCGCAGGAUUUAUUUAAGAGUCCGCCUGGGGGCAGCUCCCUCCAGCGCAGUUUCCCUGCCAAACCUGGCCCCGGGGAGAGCGAGCCAGGGGCUGCAGGGCGCCGAGGGCUCAAGCGCAAACCUCCUUUUUCGGGUUUUUCCCAAAGCGGCCCCUGCCAGGGCCGGCGCCCUCCAGGAGCGUCCAGGGAGCCGCAGCCAGCGGGAGCGGCUGGGGGCCGAGCCCCGGGGCAGCUCGGCUUAGAAAGUGCAGCCUGCAGGGUUAGACUGGAGAAGCGUCAGGCUCGCCUGCAAAGCAGGACUGUUACCCUCCAGUUAUUUACUUUGCAUGUUUGUUUGUUUGUUUGUUUUGAAUCUAUGCAGAAAAAAAUUUAAGAACUUCAUUUCCCUGUAUCUCUUGUCUCGAUGCUGUGGUUUGCAUGUGGAGGUACCUGCUGGGUUUUUUCUAUUGCUGCUUUGUACCAUGUCUGUGUUUUCAGUGCUCUAAGAACAAACUUGCCACUGUGGGGCAAAAAAGGGAGCUGUCGUAGGAAGCGGCUCUCCUGGCGUGCGAGCCGAGCAGCUGCAGUUUGCACCCCACACGCGGCGGUGUGGGCACCCCGAAUGCGGGGUGCCCAGCCACCGACCUCCAUGCCUGACUGCAGAUUUAGAUUACUGACUUCCAAAGUCCCAAAUUCAGAAAGUUUGGUCUAAGCUUUAAAAAAAAACCUGAAGUGGGGCGUGUUGCCGGCGGAUGCCGCCACAGCCCCGGGGGCUGAGCUCGGCCUUGCAGCCCACUCGCGCCGCCGCUUCCAGGGCACUUGGUCAGGAUGCCGAGGCAGACAGGAGUUUUGUUAACUUGCUAAGUGCCUUUAACUUGAUAAAGAAAAGUUCGCAAAAUGUGUUUAUUCAGUUAACCAGCAGUUGAUGACUACUGAUAUUUUUUUCCUGUUACAUCUUUAGAAGUUUGGGUUUUUUAACACGAGAAUAUUGCUGGGUUAUUGCAUCUUCUUGGAUCUCUGUCCAGUGUACUCAAGCAUCACGCUGACGUGUAUGAUGACAAUGCUGUAGAAGUCAUGAAUUAAAUUACAUUUUUAAAAGAUAAA